AUGGCGCGCAUGAUCAACCUCUACAGCAUCACGCUGCAGCGGACCAACACGGUGCGCUGGGACAUCUCGCCCGACGCGCUGCCGGCCAGUUUGUUUGCCAUCUUCCUCUGCCAUCUCUACUUGCCGUCGGUGCCAACGGUCCUGCAGCGUUUUUCGGGCAAUGUACAAUAUGUCUUCCUCCGCAACGUCUCGCUGUACGCGAAUGCGUCGCUGCCUGCUGCAUUUCAAUCGCUCGUCAUGCUCGAAGUGAGCAACGCGAGCUUGGAUCGAAUGCCGCUUCUGCUGGCGCCGCAGAUGACCAAUGUCAAUUUUCAAAACAAUGUCAUUGUCGACCUGCCGACCAAUAUACCGGCCGUGGGCUUGCUCAACCUCGUCAACAAUUCCAUUGCGCACGUCCCUGCAUCGAUUGUGGACCUCGUCGGGCCAUACCAGACGCUGCAUUUAGAAGGCAACCCGAUUACGUCGCUGCCAAUCGAGUUGGAUGUGACGUGGCUCUUCACAGGCCGGCUCGUCAUUCGCCACACGCCGCUGUGCGACCGUCUCUGGGCGCGCCCCGAUGCAAUCGGGCUCGCACCGCUGGAGCGCGCGAUCUUCGAGGCCCGCGACACGAUCUGCCGCCCGCAGUGCAACGUAGGCUGCUACGACAGCUUGAUUGGCAACACCAACUGCAACAUCGAGUGCAUGACGCCCUCGUGCAACUGGGACGACGGGGACUGCGAUCGGUUUGUCUUUUAA